AUGGCUGCGUGCAGUGUGAAAACGAUUGAAAACGAGAGAAAAGGGUUAUUUGAUGCAUUCCAUACUGACUUUUUAAGCAGACAUUCGUCUUUUCUAGAUGCUGUUGAUAAAUUCAAAAUGGAAAUGACGGCCCUUGGGGCAUACGAGAUCGGAUCAAGCAAUUCAGCCGACCCCGGCAACUUCAAAAAGGCAGUUUGCACACUGAAACCCACAAACAAAAAGUUUGCGUUUGCAGGUUUCUUUAUUCCGGCUUUCAAAAUGUUGCGCAAUUUUGUUAAAAACAGGGAAAUUCCUGAUGAUGGACGAAUGAAAAUGCUUCUUGAACGCCUUGUCAAGUUCUUGAUAAACACAGAAGUCCAGGCCGCCCUGUCACAGAUGAAGGACUGCAGUGAUGAGACUGAUUUGAUCAUUCUUCUCGUCUUUCAUCUGUUUUCUCUACUCUCCCUAUCAUCCUACUUCACAGUUGAUCAAAUGAAAUCUAGUCAACCCAAAGUUUGUCCUUGCAGGAGGAAACACAGCAAAAUCAUCUAUGGUGACACAAGCAUAGGUAAUACAGAUGUAUGGCAUGGUAACAUUGAUUUGAUAAUGGAGGCUGAUGAUGUUAUCAUAGUUACACCAGACGGAGGAACCUCAGAAGACACAAGAGAAGACAUGAAACGGGGACAAUUUGACAUGAACGAUAACUCGGCAGGAAGUAGCCUAGUACAAGUGGCAGCAAAAACAAUAGUUCAUUCCUUCUACUACAAUCAGAUUCACCCAGAUCACUCCAAUACACUGAUCCCAUGUAUUGGUGUUGCACCGAUGGGUUUAAUUUUCUACUUCUAUGACUCUGUACAUGAUGUUCUGCUUGGGAGUACACAUUUUCCAUUGGCUACUUUUUCACCAUUACAGUUAAACUGGACGGCUAUUAUAGCUGUAUGGAUGGUAUUGAAUCACAAUUACUUGUGCAAUGGACUCUCUUCAUUAGAUGUAGAUGAAGUUCCUAAAUCAAACUUUUUUGACAUUGCCAGAAGCAAACUAGAUAUUUACAAACAUGAGUUAAAGAGGGGCCAAGUUGGAACGAGACACUUCAAUGUAUUGAGCCUAGAUCCACAUUCAUUUAUUAAUUCCAAAUUCAUAGCAUCACCAGAGUUAGAGGAUCUGUAAUUCAGAAUGUGAAGUGUUGAAUUGAGUUUACCUAUCAAAAUACACAGACUAAAGCAAAGUAUUUGUGAAUUAUUGGAUUCAUAGAAAGGCUGUAUUGAUUUUUAUAUACUUCUGUGUAAAGUGAAAUUUGGAAUGCUGUGACACUAAAUAUAUUUGGAACAUAAUUGACAUGUUUAGUACAAGAAUUCAGAUAUAAAACUUGGGGAUUGAAUUAAGAUUUAUAUGGAUAAUGAAAUUUUGAUUUUGCUAAAUACUGAAGUUAAAAAUUUAGAUUCUAUAGAAGGCUGGAUUUGAACAUACAUGGUCAGGAAACAAUUUAUUGUCAUCAUAUGAUCAUGUUUGUAAACACUGUAUUGGUUCUUUAAGUAGUGGCAGGUAGCUAAAAUUUAGUACACUGUCAGUUUUCAUGAAGAGUAUAAAGGGGAAUAACUCUUACAAGUUUCUUAUCAGGAAGUUAUAUUCUAUGGUGUAUAAGCAUUAUAUACUUAAUUAUAUACUCAAAUAGUCAAUAUGAUUUUCAAUAAGUUGCCUGGAAUUUACUUUGUUAGAAUUUCAGGACUGGGUUGUCACAAUGAUGGCAGGAUUUCAUGUGACAUGAUUUACUAAGUUGCCUGGAAUUUACAGUCAGGAUUCAUCUUGUCAAUUUGUUUUGUAAUA